AUGACUGUAGAUGCUGGAAUUGAAAGGUCAAUUGAUCUUGAUGGUAUAUCCUUUGGAAAUUCCAGCUUAUUUGGUGGAGAAACCGCCUAUAAAAGCCCAGAUAUUGAUCCCUACGGAAGCAAGAUCGAGAAUAAGAAACAAAGCGAAUCUUAUUAUAAUAAGAAAGGAGAAACUGAAAGCUUGCUGGAUGAAGGUUCAAAGGCAGUAACCUUAUUGAAUGGUAAAAAAAUAAUCUUGCGGAAGAAAGUAGAACUUGAUGAACAGGAAGUUUUCGAUGAAUGUGAGAGCACAGCUCAAAUAUUUUCAGGUAAAUCGAAUGAUCUAUUCACGAAAGCUAACUUGAGGAAUGCAGUAAAAGAAAAUAGGAAGAAGUUUCCAGAAGCUAGAAACAAGACACAGAAAGGGACGACUAACCUGGUUUGGACAGAAAAAUACAGACCCUCCAAAUUUGUCGAAUUAUGUCCCGCAGGUAACGACAAACAGUAUAGAUUAGUUCUGCGUUGGUUGAAGAAAUGGGCUUCUAUAACAUUUCAUGAGGAUGUGAAUGUCGAGGAGCUGGGAGAUAUAUUUGGUCGUCCUCGUAACAAAAUACUUUUGAUCCAUGGUCCUGUUGGAAUAGGAAAAACAGCAGCUACAAAUGUCAUAGCACGGCAAUUAGGAUACUCCGUUCAAGAAUUAAAUGCUGCAGAUAACAUGAGCUUACCCUCUUCCCGAACUUCGGAUAAUCAAAUAAAUGUAAGCAAAGGACUCAAGUUGAAGAUCGUAAAUGCAUUAACUACAAACUCAAUUACAUCCAAAGGUAAACCAACGUGUCUUAUAAUAGAUGAAAUAGACACCACGCCUAAUUCAAACGAAAUUAUCAAGAUAUUAAAUGAACUAGAUCAGGCCGAUAAAAGGACCAUUGAACGAAAAUAUAAGCGUGCUGCAGAUGGCUUUGAUUCAAAAGAUAAAAAGAACUCGAAGAAUAAAAAGAAUAAAGACUUUUUGUUGAACCGACCCAUCAUUUGUAUUGCCAAUGACUUGUAUGGCUCAACUGGUAGAAGCAAUCCGGGAAUGGAAAAGUUACGUAGAAUGAGUGAUAUCAUUCCUUUCAGAAAGCCUACAGUGGUUCCUACUGCAUCAGGGUCUAAAGUAGGAGGUACAGCAUUAAGAUCAAUAAAAGAACAUCUUGUUAAUAUAUGCAAUCAUGAGAAAUUGAGUCUAGAUUAUCAGCAAAUUGGAGACAUCGUUGAAAUAUGUGAAGGUGAUAUAAGGGCAUCUCUUAACUACCUUCAGUUUAAUGGGCGUAAAAUCACUACGGAGACUGUUAGCGAUAAUGGACAGGCACCAUCAUCAAGGAAAGAUUCGCUGGUCUCGUGGUUUUCUAUGGUAGACAUGCUAUUCAAGAGAGAUGCCCACUUGUCUAAAGAGGAGAAUUUUGAUGGCUUGUUCGAAUUUUUCAUGAAUGGUGGGGGGUUGUCAAUAGUGAGUAACAGCAGUGCUUUCGAAAAGGUUGUCAAAGGCUCCUUUAAUAGAUAUCUUGACGUGGUUCAUUAUUCCGACGAUUCAUUGAAAAAGCCAAGUGAGCUAAGUGAUUGGUUGGGUUUUUAUGAUGAGAUGUCAAAUCGCCUUUCCAGUCACGAUGAAUACUUAUCCUUGGUAGGCCUAAAAAUUUGGUCUUUAUUUAGUGAAAUCAAACCUGUUAAGAAUCACGAAAUAGAGUCACUUAUACCCAACUCUAAAAGCAUCGAUUUUGAGAGCUAUGAGCUUUUGAAACAGAACAAAGAGAUUUCAAAGAGAAUAAUAGAAAAACUGCCUGUGAAUACUAGACGAACAUUUGGAGGAACAGAAAAUAACAACACCUUUCCCUGCUAUAUCCUUCCAUAUAUAGCGAAGAUGCUAACCCCUGAGAGCCCCAUCGAUAAGGCGAAAGCGACGGCACAUACAUUCCCAAAUUUCGAAAGGAAAGUGAUCGCUAAGAUGUCCCAUUUAAUAAAUGGCUUGGCCCUAACUUUAGAGUCAAACAGAGACCUAGAGACCGGAAAGUCGACACUUCAGUUUUGCCCUGACAUAGAUUCCUUUAGCAACUUUAACUCUGUUCCUGUUGGACUGAAGUCUUCUGUUAUUCAUGUACAAAUGAAGCGUCAAUGGCUCUUUCCUCUAUUUAAGUCAGAGCUUGAAAGAAUAGAAAUGAGCAAGAAGACCGCUAAUAUGUCGGCUUUGCCAGUCAAGCGUUCUGUGGAGAAUAACAAUGCAAUCGAAGAACAAGAAUCGAAGAAGAGAGUAAAGUUGAGUAGCAGCGUGGAGUUUUUCAAGGGAAGAUACGAUGAUGUUGCUGGCAAAUUGACUGAAGGUGUCCGUAAUGAAGGUACCAGUUCGAAAAUUUGGGUUAAAUAUAAUGAAGGGUUUUCCAAUGCCGUAAGAAAGAACAUCGGCUGGAGCGAUCUUUGGUUACCUUGA